UCGUCCUGGGAGCAGUCCGCACUGACAGUUACGUAACAUCAGGUGUGUCUUCCUGCUGUGAUUCACCUCAUCAUCGAAGUCCUCGCCAAUGCUGAACAGGCCUCUUAAGUUGCAGGUCUGUAACAAGAGGGAACGACACACCGGUCACUUGGCUUGACAGCACGCGCAGCAAUAAACAUCCGGGUACCAGAUGAAACCUAAUAAACACGUUAUGAAGCGAUGCAUUCAACAUGUCGCGAGCAGACGCACUUGACCUCUGCUUGGACGCCUGUGACUCACACCAGUUCCAGUGAAGGUUCACUUUAUGGUGCCAUGUCAAAGGACACGUUUCCGUUCACCUCCACCUCACUGCGCUCCCUGAGACUGGAGCAGGAGCUUCAGGACUGGGAGGAUGCUCGGCGAGCCUUGGCUCAUAGGAGAGCCAUGACCAGGGACCCGCUGCCCCGGGCCCCCAGGCCUCCUCCGAGGCAGCAGCGGCUCCAGCAGGUCCGGGCCCCUCCGCCACAGGUCCGUUGCAGAGACACGGCCGUCCACAACACCUUCAUGUGUGGGGACAUGAAAGGAGUGUACGCGGUGCUGAAGGACCCCACGAUGGUCAACGCCCUGAUGGAGACGGUGCAGGAGGAGAUGCUGUGGGCUCCAGAGAUGGGCAUGUGGACGCUGAGCUCCAAGGUGAAGCAGACUUCAGCGUUACGCCUGGCUGCCGGCAGAGGACACACAGGGUGUGUGGAGGAGCUGCUGUUUCGUGGGGCCGAGGUGAACGCUGACCCCGGAGGAAACACGGCCCUCCAUGACGCCUGCGUGGGCGGCCACGCCGUCUGUGUGCAGCUGCUGCUCUCUCACGGAGCAGAUCCUGAAGGGACGGCUGCAGACGGCAGCGCUCCUCUUCACCUCUGCACCUCCGUCCAGUCAUUCCAGUGUGCGGAGCUGCUGAUAGCCGCAGGUGCGGAUGUCAGUGUGAAGAAGAGGGAGUCGAGACUCACGCCUCUGCAUGUGGCCGCCCGGCGAGGCCUGGAGGAGCACGUGGAGCUCUUCCUCAGUCACGGAGCAGACGUGUUGGCCACGAAUCAAGAGGGAGAGACCCCUCUGAACGCCGCAUGCUCCGCGGCGGAGAGGCCCUCCGAGGCCGGCCGCUACCUGCGUGUGAUUGAAAAGCUGCUGGCUGCAGGAGCUGACCCCAGAACUGCAGGCAGGAAGCAGCACACCCCUCUGCACAAUGCCUGCGCCAACUGCUGCCCCCGGAUUGUGGACGUCCUCCUGCAGCGUGGAGCGAAGGCAGACGUUGCCAACUGUGCGGGAUACACGCCAAUGGACUGUCUGAUGCAGGUGGUUGAAGAUUACCCAGGUCAGCAACCGGAAGCUAUAGCACGCUCACUUCUGAACCACGGAGCGAAGCCUGUUUCACCAAAGAUGUUGAAGAAGUGUGUCCUCUCUCCUGCCACUCUGGAGGUGAUGCUGAACUCGUACACAUGCCUCCCUCCCCGUGAGUGGGUGGACUCUCUGUCCACGGAGAUAUGUGAGGUGAGCCGUGUUUUAAGGUCGCCGCUUCUCGUCUUGUUUCCCGGCCUCAUCAACAUCGUUUCCGCUUGUCCCUCCAGAUGCCUCAGGAGCGCCGGCCUUUCUUCGACUUGGUGCGCCAGCGGUGCGCUCGGCCUCGCUCUCUGCAGCAUCUCUGUCGCUGUGCUAUACGCAUGCGCCUCGGAGGCCGAUGUUUCCCAGCGGUCAGUGAACUGGACAUUCCCAGAUCCUUGAGGGAUUACCUCCUCCUGAGUACCGACGGGACUCUCCUGUGACAUCACAUUGUGGAGCGCCUUGAACUCCUUGAAGAGUUUCUCUAAGAAAAUAUAAAUGAAUACAACUUUAGCUCCUGUUGGAUUGUGAUGUAUUUACUUUUAAUGGAUUGAUAUUGUUUUGGUUUGGAUGGUUGCGUUGUUUUAAUU